GUGACUUCUAUUACUUUCUCUCUCUAUAUAUUUACAUACACAUGUAUAUUCAGUAGCAUUAUUGGUGAAGACAUGGGGAAUGCGAACGCGAGAGAAGACAGCGCCGUCGCUGACGGAGGCGGUGGCGGUGGUGAUGAAGUGUCGGGAAGAAGAUCCAGUAAUAUUCAAUCUGCAAAUAUUGGUGAAGAUCACGCUCGGAGCACGCGCGUGGCUUCAGCUGACUUAAUGGUCAAUUCUCCUCCGCAAAGUCCACAUCGCUCUGCUUCACCUCUCUUGUUCGGACCUCAGGUCCCAGUAGUUCCUUUACAAGCAGGGGAUGGCCAUCCUGCUACCGACCAAAUGUGGGGCGAUGAAUCUCAGGAUGCCUCUGAUCAUUCUCCAGAGAGUGGCAUACCUAUUUUGAUAACAUGGAGUUAUGGUGGUAAUAAUGUUGCUGUCCAAGGAUCUUGGGACAACUGGAGAUCAAGGAAGAUUCUGCAAAGAUCAGGCAAGGACCACACCAUUCUUUUGGUCCUUCCGAUGGGGAUAUAUCAUUACAAAUUCGUUGUGGAUGGAGAAGUCAGAUAUAUCCCAGAUCUUCCAUGUGUAGCAGAUGAGACAGGCGUUGUCUUUAAUCUUCUUGAUGUUAAUGAUAAUGUGCCAGAGAACCUCGAGAGUGUUGCAGAGUUUGAGGCCCCACCAUCACCUGACUCUAGCUAUGGGCAAGGUUUGCUGGGAGAUGAGGAUUUUGCAAAGGAUCCAGUGGCAGUUCCACCCCAACUUCAUCUAACUGUUCUUGGUUCUGAAAACUCAGAAGAAACACCUUCUUCUCCGAAGCCCCAGCAUGUAGUGCUCAAUCACCUCUUUAUAGAGAAAGGAUGGGCUUCUCAAUCCGUUGUUGCUCUUGGUCUGACGCAUAGGUUCCAGUCCAAAUAUGUUACUGUUGUCCUCUACAAACCACUGAAGAGGUGACCCCGUGUUUACGUUCUAAUCUUUUUGGAGCUUUCUGAGUGUGGUUGCUUUUAGAUUCCACUGUUAAUAGACCUGCUCAAGGUUCAACAUUUUUAACCUCCGCUGUUGUACAAUAGUUUCAAGUUUAUCAGCAAUGCAUAUUCAUUCUCUGUGCAAGUAAACAUCUUUAGGCAUGUUAAGCGCUAUUGCACUCAUUCUUUUCUCA